UAUUCUCGUAACUAAGCGCCCAAAGUUGAAAUGAGCCACCGUUUUUAUGAAAGAAUACACUGGUAAAAAUCGAUAUGUCACAAUACAGUUUUCCUCAGUGCUAACCCGUGGGGGGAGGUGGGAGGAGACAUGAGGUCAAUAUCCUGUGACAAAAACAUUUCCAGAAUUUGAACAAGGUACGAGUUGUUUAUCGGAGAAAACUCUGGAACCUGUCGUUAGUUUCGUAUUUUGCAGACGAAUCUAUGGACGGCGAAUGAAGAUGUGCCAGUUUGCGCCUAUUUCCACGAAUAAUUUGUGAUUUCGCCGACUUGUAUAAUGCUCUAAAAGUGCACAAGAUGACAGAGCGAGAAGAAAAAGCGUCAGCACUUGGCUCUGAGCCACAGGGACAGGUGAUGGAAUGGAGACCUCGCUGCGAUGUCCAAUCAGUGGAUGACAAAAAGAAUGCCACGGUGGAGGCGAAUUUUCUCAGCCCUAACACCGAUCUCAACCUUCCUCCUUCCAACUGGUUACGGAGCUCAUCACAAGUGGAGCGUAACCUCAGAGACAGUUGGCUGGGAUGGAAACAGACACAACGAGAAUUUUCCAGCUUCAACAUGGGUAAUGAGUUUCCUGAAUUUAUUGGAGAGGUGGAUGUUAUUUCUGAUGCAGAGAACAUCAAGAAGCUGUUGAAAAUUCCCUACAACAAGGCACACGUCAGCAUGAUGGUUCAUAGGGUCAGAAAAACCUUGUUACUGGAUGAUUUUGACAUUCACAAACAUCUGCUUAGGCAGCAAGAGGCAGACUGGGAAUGGAUGAGAAAGUUUUAUCAGGAAACAGUUAUGAGAAACAGAGAAGAAAAAAUGAAAUGUGUGAAGAAAAACAAAAGCCGAUAUCAUCUUCAGAACAGAAACUUGUAUUCUAAAUUUCUCUAUUACAGUGUGUCAGACACAGACGGUAAUGGAGGAGUGAAUGGUGAGGAGCGAGAGCAGCCUGCAGCGGAGGAUAGAAGUGUGACUGAAGACAGUAAGCUGCAGAUUGUACCUGAAUCCCAACAACAGUCAGGGGAGCCUGGUUUUCACCGUGAAGUUUUGUGGACGUUUGAGGAUAUACAGAUGUUGAUAGGUACAGACUUACCUGUCUUCAGGGCUGGCCAUCACCCCUGUGUCAGUGUUAGACUGAGGGAUAUGAGUGAGCCUGUGAAUGUGCUGACUGGAAUGGAUUACUGGCUGGACAACCUGAUGUGUAAUGUGCCCGAGCUGGCCAUGUGCUAUCACCUGAAUGGUAUUGUACAGAAUUAUGAACUUAUUAAAACAGCUGAAAUUCCUAAUCUUGACAACUCAAAGUUCUCACCACAAGAAGUCACAGACAUUGCCAAAAAUAUUUUAUCUUUUCUGAAAUCUAAUGCGACUAAAGAAGGCCACACCUACUGGCUGUAUAAAGGUGUGGAUGAUGACGUGGUCAAGCUGUAUGACCUGACCACUCUGUGCGCUGAUUACAUGGAAACUAAGAACGAGAACCCAUUCACAGUGCCACUGGGCAUGUUAUUAUACAGAGUGGCUCGCAACAUGUGGAAGACCGCAACAAGAAAACAUGCCUCCACAAUCAGGACACUACUCAACACCUGUGUCAUGUUACUGGACCAGGAGAAAUAUGCGCAGGUGUACACUUCGGCCCAUUUCCUGCUGGCGGAUGUCUACGUACCUGACAGUGUGGUUAGUGAUGUAUGGGGACUGUCAUCUAACAACGAUGAAUCUGACUCUGAGUGUGAGGAUGCAGAACAGGAUGAUGACAAACCAGAAACGUCUAAAUCAGUGAAGGUACAGUCCUUAUCUCAACCGGAACACAGUGAAGAGAAGAAACGAACAGCAGUGGUGAAGUUCAACAGUGCUCUCUUUGGUACUGCUGAGGAAAAAUGCAGGGAAUGCAUCAAGUGUAUCAUUAAGGGUAUCACCUGUCUCAACAAACAUAUGUCCGCAUCAGCAAGCUCCAACCAGGAAGAGACUCAGGCUACCUGUAACCCUGAUGAGGCCAUCCCUCUCUUCUAUGAGCCCUUGUACCCCAAACACAAGACUGACCCGUCCUCAGCUGACCAGAACACUGCAUCUCCCUCCACUCCAAAUGUGGCUGACAGUCUACUGAGCACCUACCAGAGCAGCAGUCCCACACGGUCACCCUCAGAGCGCUGGCAUCUGUUGUCCAAGGUGCUCCUGUACAGAAAAGCCGCCAUGGCAUACUACUCACUGGCAACCAUUACCAUGGAGUCCCAGAAGUACGGGACAGCUCUAAAAUAUAUCAAGCUAGCCAUUCUGUGCUUUGGGGCCAUGAACACACUAUUGCCUGCCAAAGGUAAGGACAACAAGCCCCUGCUGUGUGUCAUCCUGGGCACAGUGGCAGACAUCCGCCUCAUGAUUGCUCACAACAGCGCUAACAUGGAGACUUUUCAGCAUGAUUUCCAGCUUCAGGCAGAGGCAGAUGUCCAAAUCUCAGAGGCUGUGCAGGAAGAUCUGCCAGAGUUUGAUAAGGAGUGGAUGUACACGCUAACUGACAGUAUAGAGACAAACUUGAGAUGUUGUGGGCUGUGUUAUGAUGAGGCUCGGCAAAUAGCCUUGUCGGAAAAUAUGUCAGACCCUUCCAUGCUGCAGUCACUGGCUAAGAGGUUUGGUAAUGCCAUGAACGAGCUGGGUGUGUUACACAUGAACAAAGCCCUGGCCGUGGUCACAGGCACAGCGGAGUGGAGGCCUGUUGAGGAGCAGGAGAUUGUGUGGAAGCUGAGUUACAGCUGUUUUGAUCAGGGAGUCCAGGCAUUUGAAUCUGUGGGGGACAUAACUAACCAGGCUCUUCUACUGUCCAACAUUGGCCAGCUGAUGAGGAUAUGUGCUCAGGCCCAUGCUAUGGCUAUAACAGAUGGGGAAAACAAGAGGGAGUUCUGUGCAGGGGAGAGGCACUACUAUACAAAGGCAAUAAACUUUUACCAGAAAGCUCUGACAGUUUUGUCGAGCCGGCCCAAGUUACCUCAGAUAUGGGAUUCUGUGAACUGGGAGUUGUCCACUACAUACUUCAACAUGGCCAUGUUACUUCAGGAUCAUGCACCAGUGUCAUCCAUGUCUUUAGAACAGACAGAGAAGGAGAUAACAGAGUUGAUGAACAAGGCACUGAGACACUGUGAUGUGGAGAGGAAUUCCUGUAAAGCUGUUGGUUAUCAGUACAGAGCUGCCACCAUCAACUACAGACUGGCCUCACUCCACCACAACAGUUAUAGGAAACAGGCCAACACUGAACAGAAGCGGAAGUAUUUGCGCCAGAUUGCCUUUAACCAUUAUGACAAGGCAGCUAUGUUCUUUGAACUAACCGAAAGUUUCAGUGACUUACUGAGGGUUCAUCUAGAACAAGUGGCCCUCUGUGAAUUCUGUUUGGAAGAGUUACAGGGCUCAGGAUUGAAGUGUAAGAUGAUGGAGGAUAUACUGGGGUAUCUGCUCUCCUGUAAGACUACUGUCGCUGGCCUGGUCAGGCUGUCCAAGGAGAAGGACUGCCAGGAGAGCUGUGAGCUGGCAGAGUGGGACAAACUCCUCAAUAUACUCAAAUCACGGCUACUCCAUAUUUUACUCUCUCUCAUGAAACAGUACAGUAAGCUGAAGAAAGGGAAAGAAGGCGAGAGCAACAAGCUACAGAAGCUGAACACAAUGUAUAGUUCAGCGCUACAGGGCUUUGCUGCUGAUGACCGAUCCGUGGUAGAGAAGUGUGAAUGUGCAGAGCAGGUAUUAUCUCUCAUAGAGAACACCUGGAUAGGAGAGAAUGGCUGAUGUGCGGGACACAUCAUCACAGGACGGUUGUGCGAUGGGGAAUGUUUGCAUUAACUCACAUCGUCAAUGCUAUGGGAAAUAUUAAGUGAUGACUUGAUUCCAGAUACAAGUGGAGAACUACAACUACAACACACAUUAUCUGACUGAACUAAGAAGAAAUCCCAGGCUUUAUGUUUGUGUAACAUUCACUCUCGCUGAAGUCAUACUAGUCGCUAACUUCAGUAUAAAGAAACUACUCUUAGUUCGUCUCAUGACGCCUUUUUUGUAUGUAGAGGUUAAAGCUUAGUGCCAUUCACAAUCAUUGUUUCAAGUUAAAGAGCCAACAUCAUUUCCCAAAAUAUGGACGCAAGGACUGAGUUGAUGAACAGUCUAUGUGCAGAAGUACGUCUUAUAGCAGAUCUAAUUAGCAACAAAUCCAUGUAGGGAGUGAUAACUAGAUAUGACUUCAGCGAGAUUUAGGGAGGGAGAGGGGAGUAGGGGACACACCUGUUUGAUACCAACAGCUGUAUCUGUUCAGGGAAUCAAAAUGGUCCAGUGGGACAGGUCAGUGGAUACAUAAGCGAUUAAAGAUUGGACAGUGUUAUUAUGGCAGAAAUGGUCUGAACCACACAAGUUGGACUGGACUACAAGCCUUAGUGAACAUCUUCGGGGGAGACUUCCAAUGAUCGUGAAGUUUGCCAAAUUUUAAAUGUGAUAUAUCGAUCUAGACAGGUUAAAUUAACUAUUUAUUAUUAGUUAAUCAGUGCUCAAGGUGAUUAUUAUUAUGUUUUCUCUUUGAUCUCACACAUACUCGGCUGGAGAUAAUUCUGGAACAGUCAUACGCUUUAAAUGUGUACAAUAAAACAAGUGUUCAA